AUGCAUGAGCAUAAGCUUCUGAAGGAAAAAUUUGAGAGUCAUCUUGAAAUUUUAAGGACAAAAAUUGAACUCAAUAUAGCUCAAGAGCAACUGGAACAUUAUCGGAAUUUCUGUGAUUUGGAUGAAAGGGAAGUGUUGUUGGAAGGGAUUCAAGAUUUAAGAAGCGAGUUACAAUAUUAUAUAGACUCUUCUUCAUUAUCUGCUCGAAAACAAAAAUCAAUUUUGCAAUUGACUUAUUCAUGUGAUCCCAAUCUAGCACUACCUCUGACUACAAUCCCAGAGUCAGCCGAAAAUAGUGCUGAGGAGAAACUUGAACGAGAAAGAAUCCACUGGACUGAGGUAGAGAGCAAGUGGAUAUCUCUUGCAGAAGAAUUGAGGAUCAAACUUGAAGCUAGCAUGUCCUUAGAAGAAAAGCAAAAACAGGAACUUGAUGCUGAAAAGCAAUGUACAGAAGAGUUGAAGGAAGCAAUGCAGAUGGCUAUGGAGGGACAUGCACGCUUGCUAGAACUUUAUUCAGAUCUUGAGGAAAAGCAUAUUCAAUUGCUUGCAAGGCAUAGAAAGAUUCAGGAAGGAAUAGAUGAUGUUAAGAAAGCGGCUACUAGAACAGGAGUAAUGGGUGCUGAAUCUAAGUUCAUAAAUGCUCUUGCAGCUGAAAUUUCAGCAUUGAAAGCUAAAAGAGAGAAAGAGAGGAGAUAUCUCAGGGAUGAGUAUAAAGGGCUUCAAGCUCAAUUGCGGGAUACUGCUGAAGCUAUACAAGCUGCAGGUGAAGUACUUGUACGGCUCAAAGAAGCAGAAGAAGCUGUUGCAGCUGCCCAGAAGCGAGCUAUAGAAGCUGAACAAGAAACUGCAAAGGCAUACAAACAGAUUGAUCAAUUGAAGAAAAAACAUGAAAUUGAUAUUAGGACUCUUAAUGAAAUCAUAGUAGAGCCUCGUCUACCCAAAGAAGCAAUACAACCUAUUUAUAAUGAUUCUGAUGCGGCCAAGUACAAUGUAAAGGAGCCUCAUGAUGAAGGUGAUCAGCAAUGGAGAGAGGAAUUCAAGCUAUUUUAUACUGAAGACAGCGAGUUAUCGAAACUUGCAGAACCCUCAUCAUGGUUCUCUGGUUAUGAUCGAUGCAAUAUAUAGAGAUGGAACUCAUCAGAAAAUCAGUGUAUGUAUUACUAUAUAGUUCUGUUAUAUAGCUUCAAAAUUGUUGCAUUUUUUAUAUGUUCAUCCCAAUUGUGAGGAUCAUUGUCU